CCCCUGCUAUGUAUUAGUUGUGCACCAGCACCGCAACGUGACUAUUCUCUAACUAAAAGUGACAGCAGACACAGCAAGAGCUAGCACGGUUGUAUUUUCUUCUAAAACUGCCGAGCUGAGCCAAGAUGAGAUCUCGAAUCAAACUCUGCGCUUCUUCUUGUUUGUCGAGUGCUGACAAUAGCAAAUCUUUGAUUGGCGCAUUUGUGGCACGACAGAAUAAGCCGAGGAAAAUCCUUUUCUGCCUCUGCUUAUUCAUCUGCCUCAGUUACGUAAUGCUGGUCGUCGUCAACAAACGGGCAUUAGAACAAGUGACGUUCGCUAUCCAACACCUGGCUUUGGCGAAAUUUGAAAAUGGGUCUGCAGGUGAACGUAAUGUGAUGACCGGCGAACGGCGGUACGGAUUGGUGGAAAGAUAUGAGCAGGAAAAAAUGGCGGAUGAGGCUUAUCCUCCAUUCAAACGAAUUUUAUUCUGGAACACCUAUUGGGGUAUCCCUGAUUUCCGGCUGGGAAUUGGCCGCGACGCCUUCCGCAAAUGGGGCUGUCCCGUCUGGCAGUGCGAAACUUCGACCGAUCGAACGGACGUCCAGGACUAUGACGCCGUCAUUUUCCACAUGCGCAGCUGGAACCCCAACGACUUGCCCAAACGACGUACACCUCAGCAACGCUACAUUUUCUGGCUGUUGGAAUCCGCUGGAUGGCCGGAAUACUUGGACACGAGUCAAUUGGGCAACUUUUUCAACUGGACGUUGACUUACCGAUGGGACUCGGACAUGGUCAUGCCUUACGGUUAUGUGAGACCCACUGGGAAGGUCCCCCUUCAUCCGAGUGAGGACCAACUGAAGAAAUUAAUGUCCGUUCAAAAAGUGAAUUAUGCAGCCGGGAAGACGAAAAUGGCGGCUUGGAUGGUUUCCAACUGCCAUUCACAUAGCAAUCGAAAGGAAAUGGUCAGCCUACUCCAGAAAUACAUUCAAAUCGACGUUUACGGGGCCUGUGGAACUCUCGAAUGUCCAAAGGAGGUGGGCGUUGAUAACUCGAGCGAUGAGUGUCGAGAGAUGACUGGCCAAAAUUACAAAUUCUACAUGGCCCUCGAGAAUUCGCUGUGUCGUGACUACAUCAGUGAAAAGUUUUUCGGGAUGCUCCAACGUCCGGUGAUCCCGGUCGUCUUUGGUCUUCACGAUCACUACGACCAGAUGGCGCCACCGCAUUCCUUCAUUAACGCGGCAAAAUUUGAAAAUAUGAGGCAACUGGCCGAUUACCUGAUCCUCCUGGACAGGAACGACACGCUGUACAACGAGUACUUUUGGUGGAAGCCUCACUUUGAAUCACGGUACAAGCAAAAGGACGUCAACAUUGGCAUGUGUCACCUGUGCGCCUCACUCCACAACAAGGACAUGCCACCGAAAGUCUACCCGGACAUGACCCAAUGGUGGGAUGAGCAAUCGUUCUGCAUCAAUUCACCUCCAAUUUCAUGACAUAAUUUCACAAAAGGUUAUCAAUCUCCUCUUUCCCAGGUGUCCAAAUAAAAUCAAGUUAUUUAACUCGUAACUUCCCAUUGCAA